AUGAAUUUUUUGUAAAUAAUCAUUGAUGCCAAAUUUUUGCUGGGUAUAGGAGUUGGAUUUUUUGUGGCAUCAUUUUUAAUGUUACCAAAGAAUGAAAAUAAUUAAGGAAAUGGCUCAUAUUCUAAACUAAAAUUAUCAUCCAAAUCAUUACCUUCAACAUAAGAUUUAAAACAAGUUUAUUUAAAACCAAGUGAAAGACCAAAAAAAUUAAAAGAGAAGGAUUCAUUUAUAAGAGAAUUACAAGAAAAAGGAUAAAAGAGUUAAAAAUAUGAUUUUUUAGAAGAAGAUGAAAUAAGAAAAAAGGUAAAAAUGUAGUAUCAUUAAUUUGAACCAAUGUUUGAGGAAACAUCAAUUAAUGUCUAAUCAAUUAAUACUUCUUCAGAUUUUGAAAGCUCUUAGGAUUUAAGAAAUGAAUGCAUAACCUUAUUGCCUAAUAAUGAGAAUGUAGUAUAGUAUCAUGAGGAUAAAUACUUUAAUUAAUAUGAUAAAGGAUUUGAUGAAAAUGAUAGAGAUUUAGAAGAAUUGGCUAAUAUCUAAGAAUCUCCAAUACUAAAAAGUAAUUAGUUUAGUAAUCGAAAACUAAAUGUUAAAUUAGAAUUUUAAAAUAAAAAUCAAGAUUCAUAUAAUUAAGAAUGAUUAAUAAGAUUUUAAGAUUGAUUUUCAUUUAUAAAUAAGUUUUGCUAUUUGAGUUUAUCAUUUUAGAUAUAAAAUUUUUAUUUAUUUAAUAUGAAUAAGGAAAUAUAGCAAUUUUUGUAAAAGUUAGAGAGUGUGAUUAUAUUUUAGUUAUUUUCCUGAUCUAAGUAAACCUCCGAAACCUGAUUUAGAAUUUAUGGAUGAAGAUGAAUUGUAUGAAUGGCUUCAUCAAAGAUUAUUAUUAUUUAUUGUUACUAAAGAUAUUCAAUUAGGAGCUGUGGCAAUUCAAUAGUGGUGCUUAAAGGGAUAUUGUAAUAUUAUUAAACUUUAAUACAUAGAAAUUAGAAUCUGGAAUCCCAUUAAUUCAUUAAUUUUUAACAACAAUGGCUGGAUAGUAACUGAAAAAGAAUCCAAAAAUGGUUGAUGAAAUAAUACAUCUUGUAUAAGAUGAAGAGGAAAAAUCAAAAUUGAUCAUUUAAUUGUAAUAAACUUAACAAUAAUAAGUAAAUUUACAAGUAUCAGAUGUAAAAAUAUUAUUUCAUUUAGUCACCGAAAGUUUUAAAAGCAUAAACAGAUAAAAAAGACUCUAGUUUUUUUUAGAAUAUUUUAACAGCCUUAAGAUGUUGGGAUAAAAAAUAAAAAUGA